AUGGAACCGUGUCUAGAAACGUUGAAGACGGCGUCACUGCCUGAUCUUCCGUACACUUACGAUGCGCUAGAGCCAGCCAUCAGCGAGGAGAUCAUGCAGUUGCACCACCAGAAACACCACCAGGCUUACGUCACUAACUACAACAAAGCUCUCAACAGCCUCCGCUCCGCCAUGGCCGACGGUGAUCACUCAUCUGUCGUCAAGCUCCAAAGCCUCAUCAAGUUCAACGGCGGAGGUCACGUUAACCAUGCAAUCUUCUGGAAAAACCUUGCCCCUGUUCAAGAAGGAGGUGGCAAGCCACCGCACGAUCCUUUGUCUUCUGCGAUCGAUGCUCAUUUUGGAUCUUUAGAAGGAUUGAUCCAAAAGAUGAGCGCCGAAGGGGCUGCUGUGCAGGGAUCUGGAUGGGUGUGGUUUGGAUUAGACAAAGAGCUAAAGAGGCUUGUAGUUGAGACCACAGCCAAUCAGGAUCCAUUGGUGACUAAGGGGUCACACUUGGUUCCUCUAAUCGGGAUUGACGUGUGGGAGCAUGCCUAUUAUCCACAGUACAAGAAUGCAAGAGCGGAGUACUUGAAGAACAUAUGGAGUGUGAUCAACUGGAAAUAUGCCGCAGACAUAUUCGAGAAGCACCAUCGAGAUCUAAACGAGUUUUAG